CCCACAUGGUAGAUGACAGCAGCAAGCAGAAAAAGGCGGGACUACUGCAGCCUCUUCCUGUCCCAGAACAGCCAUGGCAAGUGGUCAGCCUCAACUUCAUCACCGUGUUACCACCUACCACCAGUGGUCACGACGCAAUCCUUGUCGUCAUCGACAAGUUCUCCAAAAUGGGACAAUUCAUCCCGACACACACGACGGCACGCACCGAGGAGACAGCACAACUCUUCGUUCGUCACAUCAUCUCACAGCAUGGCAUCCCAACCACACUCAUCUCCGACCGAGACCCCAAGUUCACCAGCAAGUUCUAGAAGGAACUUAUGUCUCUCCUCGGGACCAAACUCGCCAUGUCAUCCGCUUAUCAUCCGCAGACAGACGGACAAACCGAACGCCUCAACCAAAUUGUUGAAGAACUCCUCCGAGCAGCCUGCAAGGACGAGAUUUCCAAAUGGGACCUGCACCUGCCCGUUCUGGAGUUUGCUUACAACAACGCUACACAUGCCGCUACUGGACAGACGCCGUUCUUCCUCUGCUACGGACGCCACCCACUCACACCACAGAAACCGACCACAUCCGCUACAGUACAACCUGCACAUGAUUUCAUCACAACCAUGCAUCAGCUUUGGGAUCGGACCCACAAGCGCCUCCUCGACAUUCAGCAGCAACAAAAGCGCCAGGCCGAUCGCCAUCGCAACGACCACACCAUCACAGUGGGAGACCAGGUGCUUCUUGACGCCCGCAACCUGGACAUCAGCCACCUCCCGUCUAAACUGCGACCUCGCUUCUGCGGGCCUUUUCUUGCACAUCUGAGCCUAUUGUAGUUAUAACAG